GGUGCACAGAGAGCAUCUUCUCCUGUAAGACCGCACCGGAGAUACACUGAACUUUAGAUGCCGAUUUGAGGAGGCUGUGCUUGUCUUCUGCCUUCAUCACACGUACAAAGCCAGGAUGCCGGUCCUGACGAGCCCCGACAUCGCCAACAAGUUUAAGGAGAAAUGGCUGAAAGCGUACCCGGAGGAUCCUUUCACCGGGUCCGACUCUGCCCCCCUCGACGACAGCCUCACCAGCCUCCACUGGCUGCAGAAUUUCUCCAUCCUGAGCGCAGAUCCGGAACGACCGAACGGAACCGGACCGGGCUGUGCAUCAUUCCAGCAGCAGCAGCAUCUCUAUCUCAAGCGGAUCGGCUUUCCCAGAGGAGGUUCCGAUUCUCCCUCCAGCCCUCCUGCCGGGGACACCGCCGCCACUGGGAUGCCUCUGUACCUCGGGAGCCCCGUCACCUCCGGCAGCGACUCCUCCGCGGCCCCGAGGUUCGUCGAUUGCGCACAUCCCCGGAGCGGGUACCCUCAGAUUCCCAUCCAGGCCAACCCACCGGUGGAGGUUGACUACAAAACCAACCCCAAAAUAAAACCACCCUAUUCCUACGCCUCUCUCAUCUGCAUGGCCAUGCAGGCCAGCAAGCAGCCUAAAGUGACUCUGUCCACUAUCUAUAACUGGAUAACGGAGAAUUUCUGCUACUACAGACACGCGGAGCCCAGCUGGCAGAACUCCAUCCGCCACAACCUGUCCCUCAACAAGUGCUUCAAGAAGGUCCCCAGACAGAAAGAUGAGCCGGGGAAAGGAGGCUUCUGGCAGAUUGAUCCUCAGUAUGCUGACAUGUUUGUCAAUGGCAUCUUCAAACGUAGGAGGAUGUCUGCCAAUCACUACAACAGCAGCAGCAGCAGCAGUGGCACACACAGACAGAACAAACUGGUUCAGGGUUAUCACAGUGCUCAAAAUGGCUGCCCUUACCAAAGUGGCACUGGCAAAAGAAAGCACCUUUCCACUAAGGGCAACAGCAAGGCGGUCAGGGUGACUGAAUCUCCUCUGCUGGCCACAGAAGCCCACAAAGCUGACAUCCUCAGAGGAGACUUUGACCUCGCAUCUGUGUUUGAUGACGUUCUCAGCGGAAACUGUAGCACCUUUGAGGAUUUGGACAUCAACACAGCACUCAGCUCACUGGGCUGCGACAUGGAGGUUUCCAUGCAGGGCAGACAGCACUCAGCAGGGCUGGCGAGGUGGUGCAGCGGUGGCGGAGCGGACCUCGUGGGUCAGAACCAGCAAAUGAACCACCAUCAGUCCUACGGCGGGUACAUGGAGCUAAGCGCUGCUUCCAUGGAGUGCUCGGUCAACAUGGGAGAGCUUCAUUUGCCACAGCAUCAGCAGCACCUGGACCAGGACCAGCUGCUCCAGAGCCACCACCCACACCUGCAGCAGUUCGACGAGCCCUCCACGCUGUUUCCAGAGCGGCCGGAGGAGGCAGUGCUUCAGCCCUGGGAGGAGAUCAAAGAGGAGGCCCAGGCUAUUCCUCUGACUCUGGACCAGGGCUUUGGUCUGUGUGAAGGCUUCUUCACAGAGAUGCAGCCGUGGGAGCGUGUUGAGGCCUAUCUGUGACCUUUGAACCCAAACCUCUUUGACCUCUUGUCUAAAUAUAUGUGCUUCAAGAGAACUGGAAAUUUCUGCUGUUCUACUCCAUUUCAUUACUAUUAUCCAAUCAUUCUGCAAACAAUGCAUUUGUAAUUUAUUUUUUGCAAUUUGAUCAUGUCAAACCUAUCUCUCAAAUUACAUGUAACCUCAAUAAAAAGACUGAUCCAACUUGAUCUGAAGGUUGAUCGACAGCAUAAUUCAAGAUUGUGGGAUUUCUGGCACUGACUUCAGUUUCAUCCUGAGCGUCAAGUCAUUGAUAGGAAGCAGUGUGUAACAUGAUGCAGCACUGAUAGUAAAAGACUCAUUGUAAUAACAAAACAACACAGAGACGUUUCUGCACCAAAUGAAAGUUUAAUGUUGAAUGUGAUGGAUUAUCUCA